CUCAAUUAUGAUCAAUACAGGUGGCUUACAAUGACCGGACAGUUUCGUCCCAGGAAGCUGAUUGUUGGUGUUAAAAAUGAGAUUUCUAAGGCUGAAGAUUUUGAUCUCUCCACGGUCAAGGAUGUUGCAAAGCAUUUCGUUGACAAGGCACUUUUUUCGCUUGGGUUAACAUUUCAGUAUGCUUUUUCUCCUUCAACAUCCGUAUUGUUUGGUUUAGAGGGCCAUGGUGAGAAAGCAAAAUUGCGCCGCAAAGUGAUGGUUUAUCAUAAGCUGUCCAAUCAUGAUCUUACAUUAGAAGCAGCAUGGCCUCAAUUGUUUCUUGACCACAAAGGAAAAUAUUGGGAUGUCCCUGAGUCUUUAUCUGUUGAUUUGUCAUCCCUUUUGUCUGAAUCUGGAAUCCGUUGGCGUGUUGGGUUACAUAAAAAUGGUGGUAAUCCCCAGCAAGUGAAUGCAACAGAUGGUAAGCCGCCAUUAUCUCUGCUACCAGGGUUAUCUCUGAAGAGUGCCGUGAGUUAUGAGAAGAUUAAAUACUUCUGGAGAGAUAAAGGCACCGUGGAACAAGGCAAUGAAGAUGUGGUUCCAUAUAUUGUUUUGCUAUCGGUUCAUAAACAUUGUAGGUGGCACCUUUAUCUUGAAUUGGAAGGAGCUUUUCUGCAUAAUUCACAAGAAGAUUUGGGGUGUCAAAAAGCAAAGAGAUUUCCUAUUUUUGGUGAUGUGUUUGGCUCAGGUUACUCCUUUCAGCGUGGAAAAUUCACAAAAAAAUAUGGGGACUUGACCAGAGUAGAUGCUCGUCUGGAUAUUUCUUCAGCUUCAGCAUCUGCAAAGAAGAUUCUGAAUGGUUCCAGGGCUGAUGUUGGUGAACAACUACCAGCUUUGCCCAGGCUAAAUUUAAUCUUUCAACAACAGGUUGCAGGGCCAGUUGUUUUCCGAGCAGAUUCCCGAAUUAACACUGGAAAAUGGUUUGGCGACGUAGAGGAUUUCAUUUGCACCCUGAGUUACUCUGAAGUCAUUGAGUAUGGAAAAGGUUGUGCUUGGUAUUCUCCAAAAAGGAAAGAGGGAAUGGUUGAGUUGCGAAUGUAUGAGUUUUAGAAGAUUGAAGCUUCCAUUCAUGCAUUCUUCAAAGAUACACCUUUCAAUCCAAGAACCCCAACAUGGUUGCUCUAAAAGAUGCAUUUCGAUUACAUUACAUGUUGCAUGCAUCAUAUGAUCUGUUGAAACUCAGCACCAUUGAUUUUGUAAUGCCAAAAGGGUUUAGUUGUGUAA